AUGAAGAUAAGGCAUGAUCCGCUUCCAAUUUUCUUCCCGUUUCCGCCCAAUUUGGGAGGAAAAUUUGGAAGGAAAAUCAAUCUCCAAAAUCCGUCCCUUUCCUUCACUUUCCUUCGAUCAAUUAAACUCGGGAACGCGGGUUUCCUUCGAUUUCCCUCACCUUCCCUCGAUUUCUCUCCGUUUCUCUCCCCUGCCAUGCUAUCCUUCUCCACCACCACCAUCACUAGUAGAAUGAUCAUAACGACGUCACUCCUUCUUUUCCUCUUCACCCCUACCCUCGUGAGUUCAGAAUGCGAAUUACUCAAAUACGACACAAACCUUUUAGAAUUCCCUUUAAAUUUAGAGUAUUUUGAAGCUGAAUACUUUUUGUAUGGAUCCAUGGGUAAAGGCUUGGAUAGCGUAGAACCGAAUAUCGCAGCAGGCGGCCCACCACCUGUCGGUGCAAAGCAGGCGAAUCUGAGUCCGGUUAUUAAAGAUAUAAUCACUCAAUUUGCGUAUCAAGAAAUUGGCCACCUAAGGGCAAUCAAGAAGGUGGUAGAGGGAUUUGCAAGACCACUCUUGAAUCUAAGUUCAGAGUCGUUUGCAACCGUUAUAAAUGAUGCAUUUGGAAAACCUUUAUCUCCCCCGUUUGAUCCAUAUGCGAAUGACAUCAAUUAUCUUAUUUCGUGUUAUGUGAUCCCUUAUGUUGGUCUUACGGGAUAUGUUGGAACAAAUCCAAAGCUUCAAAGCCCAGUUUCUCGAAAGCUUGUAGCAGGAUUACUGGGAGUAGAAUCAGGUCAAGAUGCUGUCAUCAGAAGCCUUCUUUAUGAACGAGCGAAGGAAAAAGUAGUUCCAUAUGGAAUGUCUGUAGCCGAGUUCACACAUAAAAUCUCACAACUACGAAACAAACUAGGUAACAAUGGCCUAAAGGACGAAGGCCUCAAAGUGGCAAGUGAUAUUGGGGCAGAAAAGAAGACACAAGGGAACAUACUUGCAGGUGAUAAAGAUUCAUUGGCAUAUGCUCGAUCUCCUCGAGAAAUACUAAGAAUAGUGUAUGGAACCGGAAAAGAACAUGUCCCAGGUGGCUUUUACCCUAAUGGUGAUAAAAGUAAAUGCCAAGUGACAACAAUACUACAACAACAUUCCGAUACGUUCGUUGUUCUUCAUUUCAAUUUACGUUCGAUCAUCGUCUUCUUCGCUCAAGUCCCUGCCGUGCAAUCAAGUACAUCCUUGCUCAAGGCGGAGGUUAUGGCUGGCCAUGAUGAUUCUGGAAAGAAAUCAAAUGAAAAUGAGAUACCAACUUUUAAUGUGGAAAAUAUGCAAAGCAACAUGAAAGUCAUAUACUACAGUCGGACAUUCAUGUCAAUCAUUGGUGGAGUGAUUGCUGGAAUUUUAGGGUUCACAGGCCUCAUGGGAUUUGUCAUCUAUUUACUUGUCAUGGCUCUAACCUCCCUUUGUCUAACAGCCAAGGCUGGUUUCUCUAUCCACACAUAUUUUGACACCUGGAAUCGGGUCCUACUCGACGGCUUUCUAGGCGGCCUUUUGUCUUUCGUGCUGUUCUGGACGUAUCCUUUUAUUUAUGCUUUCUUUAUAUUAUACUCCCCAUAA